AUGAUUGUCUUGGAUCAAGCCACUUCUGUUUACAUCUUGGCUGAAGGAACACUUGGAGACUCGCUUGGAAACUUCUUGUACUCAGCUAACCAACAAGCUAAUGAAGCUGUUCAGGAUCAGCUUUCAGCUCUCAGUGUAACAAGUUUGGCAGUAAUAUUUGGGGCAGGACUUGUGACGAGUCUUUCUCCAUGUACACUCAGUGUUCUGCCUUUGACACUUGGUUAUAUUGGUGCAUUUGGGUCUGGCAAAAGCAGAGCUCAGGUUAUAGGAGAUGCAAUUGCUUUCUCACUGGGAUUAGCAACUACCUUAGCACUUCUUGGGAUAGUAGCCUCUUUCGCCGGAAAAGCCUAUGGACAAAUAGGACAAGGUCUGCCAGUAGCUGCAUCCGGUGUGGCUAUUGUAAUGGGUCUCAAUCUCCUCGAGGUAGUCCAACUUCAGCUUCCAUCUUUCUUUGACAACUUUGAUCCUCGUGCUGCUGCAGCAAACUUCCCAUCAAGUGUACAAGCGUAUCUAGCUGGUCUCACGUUCGCACUUGCUGCCUCUCCUUGUAGUACUCCAGUUCUAGCCACCCUUCUUGGAUACGUGGCUACUUCCAGGGAUCCUGUAAUUGGUGGAAGCUUGCUCUUAACGUAUACAACAGGUUACGUUGCUCCACUCAUCCUCGCUGCUUCUUUCGCCGGAGCUUUACAGAGCUUACUUUCGUUUCGUAAGGUCUCUGCAUGGAUCAACCCCAUAAGUGGUGCUCUUCUACUGGGAGGAGGUUUGUAUACAUUCUUGGAUAGGCUUUUUCCUGCUGCUACUAUGGUCAUGUAA